CUGGAUUAACAAUCCUAUCCUAUCUCAACCCCUGACUUACUUAUCAAACAUGGCCCUUGUGCUAUCCUUUUAGCUGAAUGUUAAUGAGAAUGAGAGACUGUUCAAAAAUAAAAUAAAAUCUAAGAUCUGGGUUCUCUUGUAAAGCUUCAUUUUUUCACUUGGCUAUUGAAUGUUCCGAGGAGUUGAUCCGGUUGUACUCCUCUCCGUCGCCCCCAUAUUUUUCAUCCACCUCCGCCCUCGUCCGAUCCAAUGAUUGUAUAGCACGAGGACAUCUUUGACCCACCGUGGUACUUGGCCGGAGACUCAGCGUUGUUGCAGCAGCAUCGACUUCAGUAUUUGCUGAAUUUGGUAACUCUGUCAAAUGGCUGCGCUUAGGAAAAAUGGAGAAUCGGAUACGGGUUUUGAAGAAUCAGAGGAGAUGAUGACCUGUUUCUAUUUCCCUCCGUCGCCACCCUCUUUUUUCCCUCUGUAUCUGCCGGCGUCGCCGCCCCUGCAAUCCUCACCCAGUUCAAGUUAUUCCGGGUGUUUGGGAGAAGUGAAAACAAGGGAAAACAAGGAAGAAAAUGGAGCUAGAAUUGCAAUUCCUUUCGAGGAUAUCUUACAGACUAAAGCAAUGCGUCUCAAAGAUGCCGCAAAGCAUCUCAAAGUUAGCAUCCUUGAACUGAAGAGUUCUUGUAGGGAGUAUGGUAUCCGUAGAUGGCCACCUCGCAAUGAACACAAACUUAUCAGGCAAUCUCUCCUCAAUGAAACUCCUACGGUUGUCGAUCAAGAAGGAAUCCCACAAUUUACUUCUCAUUCUAAUCAAGUCUUGAUGGUUACUGUUGACAAAAAUAGUGUUGUUGAAAAGGAGAUUCCGCCGCCGCAGCUUUUGCCUACAGCUAAACAAGAGAACUCUGAUGCGGGUUCUGGUAAUGAUGAAGUUGAGGCAAUUGUAAUUGGGGUUGAAGGAACAAGGGAGGGUGUAAUUGAAAAGGCUCCGUUGAACUCUGAAUGUUCGGGGAAAGGAAAAUGCAAGUUAAAGAGCCCAGGAGGAGAUAGACGUCACAACAAAACUACUAGAGUCAAGAUUGCAAUUCCGAAGCAAGAUAUCUUACAAACUAAGGAAAUGCGUCUUAAAGAUGCUGCAAAGCAUCUUGAAGUUAGCCGAUCUACGUUCAAACGAGCCUGUCGGGAGUAUGGUAUCGAGAGAUGGCCACCUCACAAGGAAUGCGAGCUUAUUAGUCAAUCUGACCCCAAUGAAUCUCCUGCGGUUGUUGAUCAAGAGCAAAUCCGACAAUUGAAUUACGAUACUCUGCUACCUUCUGCUCAAGUCUCGGCUACUAUUGGUACAAAUAUUGUGACUAUAAUGGCAAGGUAUGCAGAAGUAAGAAUAAAGUUUCGGCUGUCUUGGCCAUGGCGAAUGGUAGAGCUGGAACAACAAGUAAAAAAGAGGCUACCGCUCGAGGCUGGAACUUAUUACAUCAAAUACAAAGAUGAGGACGAUGGGUUGUUGACUUUAAUAGCUUGCGAUGAGGAUUUAGAGGAUUAUAUCUCCAGUUCUAGCCGGCUGGGCACCCAUCCCAUUGAGGUAUUUCUUGAGCCCAAACUAGCUAGCUCAUGGGUCACGCGUUAACCAACUUUAAUCUCGGUACUGUAGAAGUGGUUGGUUAAACAGUCCAGAUCUAUUUGAGUUGCUGUUGUUAUCGUCUAAAAAUUUAGUGCUUCAAAUGGCAUGUCUUACAAAUUUGAGGACAAAGGGUUGAUUUUAAUAGCUUGUAACGAGGAUUUACAGGAUUUUCUAGACUGUUGGGCACCAGCUCGAUUGUUGUAUUUCGUGAGUCAAAGUAGCCGUUUAAUUACGUCGAUCAACUUGAAUCUUGUAAAUUAUUACAAUUAUAGUGUUUAUCCCGACAUCACGUGUUUGGUUCAAAA